GAAGUGGAUGCGGCGGGCGGCGGCGGCGGCGGCAGCGGCGACGGCGGGCGGCUGUGCAGCUGCCUCGCGCGGCCCGGCGGGCGUCGCUGUCGGGGCCGCGGCGUCUCUCAGCCUCGGGCUGGCCCCCCGCGGCCUCGGGCUGCCCAUGGGGCGCGGGGGACCGGGCCGGUGACGCCGGACGCCCAUGGACGCCCCUGAGGAGCCGCUGCCGCCGGUGAUCUACACCAUGGAGAACAAGCCCAUCGUCACCUGUGCUGGCGAUCCGAAUUUAUUUACCUCUGUUUACCCGACGCUUUCCCAGCAGCUGCCGCGGGAGCCGAUGGAGUGGAGGAGGUCCUAUGGCCGGGCUCCAAAGAUGAUUCACCUAGAAUCCAACUUUGUUCAGUUCAAAGAGGAGCUGCUGCCCAAAGAAGGGAACAGAGCCCUGCUCACGUUCCCCUUCCUCCACAUUUACUGGACGGAGUGCUGUGACACCGAAGUGUAUAAGGCUACAGUGAAAGACGACCUCACCAAGUGGCAGAACGUGCUGAAAGCCCAUAGCUCUGUGGACUGGUUAAUAGUGGUGGUUGAAAACGAUGCCAAGAAAAAAAACAAAACCAACAUCCUUCCCCGAACGUCGAUUGUGGACAAAAUAAGAAAUGAUUUUUGCAAUAAACAGAGCGACAGGUGUGUCGUGCUCUCCGACCCCUUGAAGGACUCCUCCCGAGCUCAGGAAUCCUGGAGCGCCUUCCUGACCAAACUCAGGACCUUGCUGCUUAUGUCUUUUACCAAAAACCUCGGCAAGUUUGAGGACGACAUGAGAACCUUGCGGGAGAAGAGGACGGAGCCCGGCUGGAGCUUCUGCGACUACUUCAUGGUGCAGGAGGAACUUGCCUUUGUUUUUGAGAUGCUGCAACAGUUUGAAGACGCCCUGGUGCAGUAUGAUGAACUGGACGCCCUGUUUUCUCAGUAUGUCGUCAACUUCGGUGCCGGGGAUGGUGCCAACUGGCUGACUUUUUUCUGCCAGCCGGUGAAGAGCUGGAAUGGAUUGAUCCUCCGAAAGCCCAUAGAUAUGGAGAAGCGCGAAUUGAUUCAGAGGCAAGAAGCCACCCUGUUAGAUCUGCGCAGUUACCUGUUCUCUCGCCAGUGCACCCUGCUCCUCUUCCUGCAGAGGCCGUGGGAGGUGGCUCAGCGCGCCCUAGAGCUGCUGCACAGCUGUGUGCAGGAGCUGAAGCUCCUGGAAGUGUCUGUCCCGCCCGGCGCUCUGGACUGCUGGGUGUUCCUGAGCUGCCUGGAGGUGCUGCAGAGGAUCGAGGGCUGCUGCGACCGGGCGCAGAUAGACUCGAACAUCGCCCACACGGUGGGCCUGUGGAGCUACGCCACCGAGAAGCUCAAGUCCUUGGGGUAUCUGUGCGGACUUGUGUCAGAACAGGGGCCUGACUCAGAAGACCUCAAUAGGACAGUUGAUCUUUUGGCGGGCUUGGGGGCCGAGCGACCAGAAACAGCCAACACAGCUCAGAGUCCUUACAAGAAGCUCAAGGAAGCGUUAUCAUCCGUGGAAGCUUUUGAAAAACACUACCUAGACCUGUCCUGCGCCACCAUCGAGAUGUACACGAGCAUCGGGAGGACCCGGUCCGCCAAGUUCCUGGGGAAGGACCUGGCCGCGUUUUACAUGAGGAAAGGGUGUCCUCAGAAGGCGGAGGCCUACCUGCAAGGGGCCUUGAAGAGUUACCUGGCCGAGGGCUGGGCCCUGCCCGUCACCCACACGAGGAAGCAGCUGGCCGGGUGCCAGAAGCACCUUGGACAGAUCGAAAACUACCUUCAGACCAGUAGCCUUCUGGCCAGCGACCAGCACCUGCCUGAGGACGAGCGCGAGUACUUCUGCAGAGAGAUUCUGAGCUUCGCCAGCCAGCAGGCGGAUAGCCCAGGUCACAGGGUCGUGCUGCCCAUGCACUCCCUGGCACACCUGAGAGCGCUCCGCUUCAGCCCCGCCUCCGCCGUGGUCCACGUGGGCGGGGCUCUGGCCGUGGAGAUGACGGUGUGCAGCCGGAUGCCCGUGCCCGUGCCGCUGGAGCAGCUCGCCGUCAGCGUCCACUUCAGCAUCGAGAAAGGCAGCUGCCGGAAGCCUGCCGAGUGGCUCACCAAGCACGGGGCGGCCAGCGGCACCGUCAGCUUCCCGCCGGAGCCCUCGGCUCUGCCCGCGUCCCAGAGCAGCCUGCCCGCGCUGGAGCUGCACGAGGUGCUGGAGCGCAGUCCGUCCGACCACUCGCUGAGCUCGGCGGGGAUCAUCUGCAAGAACGUCCACAUGCUCCUCCGGCGGCAGGAGGGCGCCGCGGCGCUGGAGGUGGCCGCCGGCCUGGCCCUGGAGGACGGCGCCCACGUGCUGAGGUGCUCCGGGGUGACCCUGCAGCCCGGGGCCAACACCGUAACGUUCAGGACGCAGGCCAAGGAGCCCGGCACCUACACGCUGCGGCAGCUGCGCGCCUCGCUGGGCCCGGUGUGCUUCGUCCUCCCCCACAUCUACCCGCCGGUGCAGUACGACGUGUACUCCCAGGAGCCGCAGCUGCACGUGGAGCCACUGGCCGAUAGCCUUUUGGCUGGCAUUCCUCAGAAGGUCAAGUUCACUGUCACCACGGGCCAUUACACAGUAAAAAACGGGGACAGCCUCCAGCUCAGCAACGUAGAAGCCAUGCUUAUCCUGUGUCCUGCCGAGAACAGAGCCGUGAUCUAUUCCAACACGCGGGAAAAGGCUUCGGACGCGUCACUGCGGAUUCAGUCGUCUGACAAGGUCACAAGCAUCAGUCUGCCAGCGGCACCUGCGUAUCACCUGAUCGAAUUUGAACUGGAAGUUCUCUCUUUACCUUCCGCUCCGGCAGCUGGAGGGGAGAGCACCGUGCCGGGGAUGACAGAGCCCCCUAGGAAGCACAAGGACACACAGCAAGCCGGCCCCUGCAUGGCUACCACGGAUCACAAAGUGUCCAUCGACUGCCCGUGGUCCAUCUACUCCACCGUCAUCGCCCUGACCUUCCGCGUGCCCUUCGGGACCUCGCACGCCCUGCUGUCGGCCGGGACGCGGAAGUACGUGCAGGUGCGCGUCCAGAACUUGUCAGAGCUUGACUUCCAGCUGGCAGAUGCUCGUCUCGCAGACACCGCCGACGGCCCGGACCUGCGACUGGUGCCGCUCAACACGGAGCCCCGGCAGCGCAUCCACAGCAAGCAGGCCGUGUUCUUCGUCUGGGAGCUGAAGUGGACCCGGGAGCCGCCCCCCUCUCUGCACUGCCGGUUCUCCGUCCGGUUCUGCCCAGCUUCGGAAGAGCAGCUGUCCGUCUCCUUAAAGCCCUAUACUUACGAAUUUCAAGUGGAAAAUUUUUUUACCCUGUACAGUGUGAAGGCCGAGGUCUCGCCGCCCGCAGGGACGGAGCACUGCCGGACGGGCGCCCUCUGCUCCCUGGAGGUGUGCAUCACGCGGCUCUCCGGCCUCCUGGAGGCGGAUCAGGAUGAGGCGCUGACGGGCUCCGACGAGUACUUUUCCACGAAGCUGAUGUAUGAAGUUGUGGACAACAGCAGCAACUGGGCGGUGUGCGGGAAGAGCUCCGGCGUCAUCUCCAUGCCCGCGGCCGCGCAGGCCACGCACAGGGUCCACAUGGAGGUCCUGCCGCUCUUCGCGGGCUACCUGCCCCUCCCCGACGUCAGGCUCUUCAAGUACCUGCCGCAUCACUCCGCGCACGCCUCGCAGCUUGACGCCGACAGCUGGAUAGAGAACGACAGCCUGUCGCUGGACAAGCACGGGGACGACCAGCUGGACAGCAGCAGCCUCAGGAGCAGGGGCAGCGUGCACUCGACCGCCAGCAGCGAGCACAAAGGCCUGCCCAUGCCCCGGCUGCAGGCGCUGCCCCCGGGCCAGGUCUUCAACUCCAGCGCGGGCACCCAGGUCCUGGUCGUCCCCAGCAGAGACGACCACGUGCUGGAGGUCAGCGUCACGUGACGGCGCCCGGGCUGCCAAGUCCCCAGGCCGGGCGUGCCUGCACUGGAAGGGGCCCUGCCUCGCCUGUUCUCCGUUGUCACCUUCCAGCUGUAGGCAGACUUCCGGUGGUCCCGCCUGGCCGUGGGGGCAGCAGGGAGCGUCCUGGACAGCUGGUCGGCUGAGCUGCGUCUUUGUUCUGGUGUUGUCUGGGCUGGAAGGCUCCUGGCUGCUUUCUCGUCUCCCGUCCCUGCGCUGCUUGGCCCCUUCCACCCUCGCCCCUGCUCACGGACCGGCUUGCCCGUGGCCUCUCACCAGAGCAGCCUGGCCUGUCGCCUGCCGGUUCUUCCUGCGAGGCCGAGUGUCUCUCAGGGCGACAGGCAGCAGGGCCUGCAGUCUUGCCCGGUGUCUGAGCGGGCGGAUCUGUUAAGUCUCCCGAGGGGGAAACCGCCGUCUUUUACCCCAGCUCACCCAGUUGUGCUUUUCUAGAGGAACCCCUUUCUGGGCAGGUGGGUGGGGCUGAGGGUGGGGUGGGCAGAGAACAAACCCCUUCUGUGCCUUGGGAUGUGAGACUGGGCGGUCCUGGAGCAUCCGUUAGCUGGAGCCAUUUAAAGGUACUUGAAGACGGCGAGGCGGGGCCUGAGACACACGCCUUGGCGCGGGAGUCACGGAGGAGCGCGUGUUUCUGGAGCCCGUCCUCCCCCCCCUCCUUGAUUAGGUAUCGGGUGCACUUGGAAUUAGACACAUAUUUAUUUUAAUGACCAUCAUCCAUGUGGGGGCUAAUGUGUUGUUUCCUCUCACCUUUGAAGUCUUUCCGUGUAACUGUAUAAUCUUUGUUUUUCUUUUGCACCUUAAGUCUCCGCAAUUAAGAGGUUCCGUUUCGGUGCAGCAGGGAGGGGCCCCGUCUGUGUGCGUCUGGUCUGGUGGCGGGAAGGACGGGCGUCUCGGACCGUGCUCUGCUGUCCGCCAAGCUGCAGUCACGCCGUACCCAUGAUUAAUUUGCUUUAGGUUGUAAAUUUAAUUGUACAUAUGGUUGAUUUAUUAUUUUUAAAAGCACAGACUAACUGAUGUGCUGUUUAUGUAUAAGUUGCACCAAAAAUCAAGGACAAAAUAAAUGUGUGUUUGUUUUUAUUGGUGUGAAAGUCACAGCUUGUAAAUAAGUGUUGUAUGUAUUAAGCCUUUUCCAGCUCUCCAAAGCGCUGUAUUUUUGUACAUAGGAGAUAGAGAACUCUCAGUUCACCAGGAAAGUGUGGUUGGAAUGGAACUUGGCCAGGCCGGUAGUGCAAGCGAGUGGAGGCAGGUCCAGCAGAGGGCGGGCCUCCCGCGAGUAACCUCAAAUGCGCGAGCCUUGGAGGAGCCUCCAGCACCUGCCUGUCUCCAUCCCUCCCUCCCUCCCGUCACGCCGCGCCGGGGGUAGGAAGGCCCGGGCCGGGCGAGCCUGGAGCAGGGCCGGCGUCUUCUCUUCCGUGCGCGCUCUUGCAGUUCAUUUAACAGAUAAACGUGGCGAUCCCCCCAUGUUCUCCCUUUAUGGAAAUUGGAGACGUGUACAAAGAAGAUGAAUACGUGUAUCUUAUUAAACUUUUCAGAAACUUGCCUUUCUUAAGUGCAGUUUAAAACUAGUAAACGUGGUCAACUAGUUAGAUUAGAAGUUCAGAACCUAACGAUAGUGUAGGGUUUCUAAAAUAAGUCCGUUUUGUCGUAGAAAUUGAUGAUUGCCCUACAGAUCUGCCAGGCCCUGUCCGUGAAGGAAGAGAUUUCGGGAUCCGAUUCUGUUGAAGAGCCCCUGACCCACGAGGGGAGCCUCGAGCCGGGAAGGAGCACUUUCUCCGCGCGGGGGGCCAGUGUCCCGCUCGGCGUCCGGAAAGGGGGGUUUGAUUCGCUGGCCACUUCCUUUCUCUCUGACUUGGGCGCUGAGAUGAGAGUCUCUAAUUCCAUACAUAUUUAAAGGGGGGGGAAAUGAAGCGGAAAACCGAAAUGCUUACGUCUGGAAAAUUAAAUGAAUUCACAUUUUCCACAGGUUUAUUCCCCCCCAAUUACCCAGAGGUCUUUGCGAUCGAAGAUACAUAGAUACAUCUUUAAAAAAAAAAACAAAUGAAGAAUAUCACAUAAGACUUUUUUUAAUCUAAAAGGCUGUAAUUGGAUUUUUGUUGUGUUUAAAAUCGAAUAAGGCUUAUGUGCUGGAGACAAGCUGGCUUUGUUGGUAAAGACAGAGCAGCUGUUACGUGGUGGUGAAGCCAGAUCUAGGCUGCGCGUCUGAAACAUGCGGCCGGUCUCCAACUACCUGCGGCGCACGCACCCACCAGCAGGUGAGAAAGAAAAUAAGUUAUGAUUUUGGUGCAUUUCACGGGGUCUCCUGUGACUGGAAAAAUUACCACUCUCCCGACUCUCCCGUGGAACCCGUCGCUGAUCUGACAGAGGCGUCAGCCUGCCGUCCCUGCGCUUGCCUCGGGGGGUGGGGGGUGGGGGCUCGAGGUCCCAACAGAGGUCGUGGAGAAAAUCCACACAGGCUUCUGUCCCGUUUCUCUAGUGUCUGAGACAAGCUUAAGUUGCAAAAUGAAUGAAACGCUCCAGGUGUGUAUAUAAAUGGCAAAACUUGUACUACUUUUUAUAAAAGAACAAACUAGGCUUGAUCUAAAGUUUUAUUGUCAACUGAUCUUUAAAAUAAAUCUUACGUGAUUUUAAAUUACAUUUUUCAUGAAAACGCCCCUUUCUCUAAAUGUGCUCAUCCUAUACAUCCGGCUCUCAGACCAGAGGCAUUGUCAAUACAGUUUGCUGGGAUUCUGUGGCUGGGAAAGGUGACAGGUUGGCGACUUUGAUACUGCAGGUAUUAACUCCAUUUUCAUGGUUUACUAUGAAAGUCAUUUUUCACAUUAUUCUGUAAUAUACUGUUAGAUUAAAACCAUUGUAUUAAGGUUGUUUAAAAAUAUGAGCAUUAUACCUCUGAAAAUACACAUUUUAAGAAGAAA